GACAAUCUUCUGCCCAGAGCUUCCAAGCGCCCUUCAUAUCAACCUGAGUAAAAGUGGACAAAAGAUUUCUGUAAUACAUUACUUUAUCUACCUCCAUUCCUACAAUCUACAUUAUCACUUUUAAAUCCAACCAUACAUUACUUUCAUUUCUGAUCGUAUCAGUUCUAUUUCGACUCAAAAUGCCGAGCAGAAACGCUCUAGACGAUUAUUACAUGCUCCCAGAGCCCCUCAGCGCGUGGGAAUCUGCUGGCUACUAUACCCCUAAUGGUGAAUCCAUAGCCACUGAAGCUAUGUUCCACGGCCCCAGUCAUGACUACCCGCUCGCACCCGUCCCUCAGGAAACCGAGGAACCCAGCCCUUCGGUGCGCAGAGCCGUGCAAGAAAUUCUGCACGAAGCUGAGUUACGUCGAAAGGCUACAGCUGAAAGCUUCAAGGCUUCGGUUUGGGAAUCGAUUAAGAAUAAGAAGAAAAAUGAAAGUCAAGGAUCAGAGGUCGAUCGACCCAGUUCAGUCGCCGCACGCGAGUUAUCAGAUUUGAUUAGAAAAGUCCCAUCAAUGAGGGAGAUGGAAGCGGCACUUGAAAAGGACACUGCUGAUUUAAAUAAGAGAAGGGAAGAAUUUGCGAAUCAAUCUCGUAUAUUGAAAGAGAGAUUGGAAGAGGCGGCCCGAAAACAGAAAAUUGUUGAUCAACGGGUAAAGGAACUUUUCCAAAAAGGAUUCGCGGCGAGUUUGGCAGAGCGAGCUCUAAAGGAGAAGGUUGCUUCUGAAUCAGCAGCGAUGCUCCAAAGAGAAAUGCAGAUGCUCCAAAGAGAAGAGCGGAUGGUUCAAAGAGAAGAGCAGAUGCUUCAAAGAGAAGAACAGGUGCUCCAAAGAGAAGACAAGCUUCUCGAAAGAGAGGAAAGGGAUCUACGACUGCAAAUGAGUUUGAAGGGACAAGCUUCCUUGUUAGCUGAGAGAGAUAAGAUUUUCAUGAACGAACGAUGGUAUGCGAAGAAAAGGGAAGCUAACCAGGAAAAGAAAGGCGGGAAACCAACUUGCGAAUGUGAGAAACGCAAUUGAAUCCUAUAGUUGGCAGAGCGCAUUUGUCAGACAAGAGACAAGAAGAUGUGUGCGCAGAGCAACAGAAGAUGGUUCACACCCGAUAUCUGUUUGAGUGAACAGAAAGAAUCUCCCGCCGAUUGGAACCGAGUCGUUGAAUCCAACAACAGCAGCAACAGCAACAGCAACAACAAUAACAAUAACAACAACAGCAAAUAGAUUCCGUAUCAAAAACAUGCAACGAAAACGCAAGAACCAAAAAAAACCCCUCCACGAAAUAUCCAACGCCAGGGGCACAAACACAAUCAUCCAAUUUUGCGAUUAACAAACGACACAUAGAAAUGCGACGCCGUAUCCCGCGACCGAUGGUGUUGAGACGAGGGCGAGAUGGAUAGACAUGCCA